AAAUAUACAGCGACACCCCAGCCAGGAGACGCCGAAGAAGCAGAACAGAAGCACAGCGAGAAACAGAGAACGCCGGCGACCACCGAGAGCAAAACAAGCAGGCAAGAUGGUGCAGCAACAAGCAGCGAAGGAGGUGAUCCCGCUGCUGACGCCGUACAAGAUGGGCCAGUUCCAGCUCUCCCACCGGGUGGUGCUCGCGCCGCUGACGAGGUGCCGCUCCUACGGCAACGUGCCGCAGCCGCACGCCGCCGUCUACUACUCGCAGCGCGCCACCAAGGGUGGCCUCCUCAUCGCGGAGGCCACGGGGGUGUCGCCCACCGCGCAGGGGUACCCGGAGGCUCCUGGCAUCUGGACGCAGGAGCAGGUCGAGGCGUGGAAGCCCAUCGUCGACGCCGUCCACCGUAAGGGUGGCAUCUUCUUCUGCCAGAUUUGGCAUGUCGGCAGGGUCUCCACCUAUGAGUUUCAGCCGGACGGGCAGGCACCGAUCUCGAGCACGGACAAGCAAAUUACCCCGGCCGAAAUUUCCCCGAGCGGCGAGCCCGUAAUGGUGUAUUCGAAGCCGCGCCGGUUGCGGACCGAGGAGAUCCCCGGGAUUGUCGACGAUUUCAGGCGAGCCGCACGGAACGCAAUUGAAGCCGGCUUCGAUGGCGUUGAGAUCCACGGCGCGCACGGGUUCAUCCUCGAGCAGUUCAUGAAGGACAGCUCUAACGACCGCACAGACGAGUACGGCGGCGGCAGCCUGGAGAACCGGUGCCGCUUCGCCGUGGAGGUCGUCGACGCCAUUGUCGGCGAGGUGGGCGCGCACCGCGUGGGCAUCAGGCUGUCGCCCUUUGCCGACUACUUUGAUUGUGUGGAUUCCGAUCCGGUGGCGCUUGGCCACUACAUGAUCCAGCAACUGAAUAAGCACGAGGGUUUCCUCUACUGCCACAUGGUGGAACCUCGAAUGGCGAUGGUCGACGGCCGCAGGCAGAUUCCUCACAGGCUCUUGCCGUUCCGGAAGGCGUUUCACGGCACAUUUAUCGCCGCCGGCGGGUAUGAUCGGGAGGAAGGCAACAAGGUAGUGGCAGAAGGCUAUGCUGACCUUGUUGCAUAUGGAAGGCUCUUCUUGGCUAACCCGGACCUGCCUAAGAGGUUUGAGCUGAAUGCGCCACUGAACAAGUACGACCGUUCUACGUUCUACACACAAGAUCCCGUUGUUGGCUACACGGAUUAUCCUUUCCUCGAAGACGGUAGCAAUAAUGAUGACUCAACUACUCAAGCUUAAUCAUGCAGAUAUCUGAUCACAACUAAUAAUGUGGAUGGUUCAUCAAGUAUGAGUUCAUUAUUAUUUCCGUCCUUCUUUAUUGACAUUGUGGCAGGUUCAUUACAUCAUGUUGUCUAUAAGGAGAAAUAAAUGCACUUGCUGAAAUUACUAUUAGAACAAGUAACUACUGUUUCUAGAGAAUUGUUGUCACGUGUACCUUUUCAAAUUUCCUUCUUUGGCAGACUACAAUGGUCAAUGGAAUCCUCGUGUUGCUUUUCA